ACGUGUCCCUUUUUCAGAUCAGCGUGAGGGGAUUGAUGAAUCCUCAUAGCAUUGGUGGAAACAUGGAAAAGAAAACAGACUUCGAAAUGGCUAAAAACUCAUUUGAACCUUACAUUGAAUCCCUUCGUCAGAAAGUUGAAGAGCAAGACCCUGUUAUUUUGAUCGGAGUUAUCGUGGCUUUAGCGGUGAUUGUCAUCACCUGCGUUUUCCUGAAGUACUUUCUUACUAGCAAAACUGUCCGGAGUGCUGUGUUGCUGGUCGGACUGUGUGACUCUGGGAAAACCCUCCUCUUUAGCCGGCUGUUGUCAGGAAAAUUCAAGCGUACACAGACCUCCAUCACUGACAGCAGUGCUCCAUACAAAGCUAAAAAUGACAAGGGCAUUACUUGGACUCUGAUAGAUCUGCCGGGACAUGACAGUCUCCGAUCUCAGUACCUGGAGAAGUUCAAAUCAGCAGCCAGGGCAAUUGUGUUUGUUGUGGACAGCGCCGUUUUCCAGAAGGAAGUGAGAGAUGUGGCAGAGUUUCUCUAUGUGUUGUUAACGGACACUGUGAUUUCCAGAAAUGCUCCAACUCUCCUAGUGGCAUGCAACAAACAAGACAUCACAAUGGCUAAAUCUGCCAAACUGAUUCAGCAGCAGCUGGAAAAGGAAAUGAACACCUUGAGAGUGACUCGUUCAGCAGCGCUGAGCUCUCAGGACGGCUCUGUUGGCGGCAGUGUGUAUCUGGGGAAAAAAGGCAAGGACUUUGAAUUCAGCCAGCUGGCCAUAAAGGUGGAGUUCUUGGAGUGCAGCGCCCGCAGUAGCAAGGGUGAAGAUGGGGAUGCAGAGAUUGAGAGCCUGGAGAAUAGCCUAGCUAAACUGUAGAAUUAGCAGCAAACAAUUUUGCCUCAAAGCCACAAUCUUUCAAAUCUGAACGUCCAUCGUCACCUCUGUUAUGGUGACAAACGACUCUCGAUGGGGUGUUGGUGCAGUGUCAGCCUCUUUACUCCAUUUAAACAGGAACCUAUCUGUGCAGCACGUGAAGGGAUUUAUGGAAAUGAUUGAAUCACACAUGGAAAACAGAUGAUUAAAAGUUAUUGUGGACAUUAUGGAUGUGAGAACUGAUGUAGCAGUUUGAUUGCUCUGCAGGGUUGAAAAAUGAUCCGGCUUGUUCAGUGUAAAUUAUAGAUUUCUUUGACUUUUUUUUUUUUUUGAAAUGUAAAGUUUAAAGACUUCCGUUGUUUGUUCGCAGCUGAAAGAGAUAGAAUUAUAAGGAUUUAUUUUACGCUUGUCUAAGCUGAAGACUGCCUUGUGGAAAAAGGCAUGAAUUGCAUUUCAUUAAGUUGAAUCAUCUGUGCCUUUUUUUUAUUUUCCUUCUUGGUAUUCAUUCAAAAAUGUGUUUAGCUGUUUUCAAAAGAAUGGUUCACUUGCUUUAAACUGUUGUGUGAAUACAAUGCAUUUGCAAGGAAUGUAUAAAUUAAUUUUUAGUUCUG